AUGACUGAAGUUUCACCCUCGUCUAAAAAAGUGGAUGACUUUUUAUCAAGUCUAUCACAAUUGUCUCAGGAAAGACUCAAAGAGGAUCGUCAAAGACAGAGAAAUUUGCAACGCAAUAUUGAUGAGUUGAGAUCAAGGCUGAAUAGUUCCUCACCUGUCAAGGGUGAAAGCACUUAUCGAUCAUCUAUCAUUGGAUCACUGUACCAGAUUUCAGCACCAGAUCUCAAGUUUAAUAGGUCUAAAAGUGCCAGAGAUGACGAUUUUGCUCCUCCGUUGCCAAGAAGGCGAGACGAACUAGAGGAGGAAGUACCACCGGCUUUACCUCGUAGGUCAACGGUUGAUGAAGAGGCUCCGCCAAGACUACCAGCUCGAAAACAUCAGGAUUCCAUUGGAUUGUUGCAGCCAGUAGCAAGAAAAGAAACACCAGUAAAACCAGUUAAGCCAAAACCAGUCUUCCAUAAAUCGGCGGUACUCCCACAAUCAAAAGACACUGAACCUGGUGGACAUAGGUCUUUCCGGGAUAUAGAAAUUUUGAUCAAGGCUGGAAAUGCUAGUACAAGGACCCUUGAAGAAGCAUCAGCUGAAUUGCCAGAGCCCAAACUGAAGCCCACCAAGCCUGACUGGCUCUCUUCAUUAUCAUCAUCGAAAUCAACUGUAUAUACAAAACAAUCAUCUUCGACAAUUGCAAUCACACCCACUAAGCCAAAGCCAACCAGUUGGAUAGAUAGUGCUGUCAGCAAAUCACCAGAGUCGAAACCCAAAACAAAAGCACCUUUUGUCAAGCCAAGUAAGCCUAAACAUUUGGAACUUCACAGUGAGCCCAAAGGACAAGAAUUCAAAGCAAAAGAACCAGAACCGGAAUUCAUGACACAGUUUCUGAAAUUAAAGAAGCCAACUGAGGGAAAGCAGAAAGUGCCACCGGCAGUGAAGCCCAAGCCUAAAAUUAAAACCGAAGAUGAACCACCAGCUGAAUUUCAAGCAAAAUUCAACUCAAUCACUAAACCAUUACCCGUAAAGCCAAAGGAAAAGUUAACAAACUACAAAGAAAAUGAUUCCUAUGAACUCAAAUCAAGAUUGAAGAAGAUAACGCCGGCCAAACCAGAGAAACCGAAAUUUAAUUCCUCUGCAUAUGAACAACAGGAUAGUGAAGAGUUGCGGGCACAAUUGAGUAAAAUGGCUCAAAAGAAGCCCCCGAAAAAGCCACUAAAGAAAGCAGCCACUGAGGAUUUCAAACCCAGUGUGCCGCAACCGCUAGCCAAGGAAUCAACCGAGACAAACAAUGCUCCCGAAAAUUUAUCCUUUGAGCACAAGUUGGGUGCUUUAUUGUCACAAGGGCCGACAUUGACCAAAGCGCUGACAUUUCCUCAAACAAAAGCCACUAUCACAAAGAGCAAUCGACAGAAGGCUAGUGGUAAUACUCUAACCCAUGCCACAAAGAGUAGAGCCAAGGGUCCAAAACGUAAAUUACCUAAAAAAAUACAAAUCGGAGGUACUGCAAAAAGUGUCGGUACGAUUGAUCUGGAGAAACUGCUCAAGGUAGAAGAUUUAGCGACAGAAGAGCAGCAGUCGAAUCCAGAUGAAGAAAGCAGUACGCCAAUCGUAAAGAAACCACCUCCAAUUAAGCAAAAACCAAAAGAGAUAAAGGUCAAGCCAAGAGUAAUAAGUGGAGAAUUGUUUAUUUGA